AUGGACUCCUGCAGCACUUGUGACCGAUACUUCGUUAACCCUCAAGCUCUCAAGCAACACGCCUUGAGCAAGCACCCAGAGACCUACUGCUUUCGCUGUGAGCGAAACUUCCGACAUGUCCAAGCUAAAGAGCAACACAUCAAAGCCUCUCGCAAUCAUUGGGUCUGCGCGUUCUGUUACGAGCUUGAUUUCAUUACCCAGAAAGAGCUCAAGGUGCAUUACAAGGAAGAACAUAACCCCUGCACCGAGUGCGAUACCGUCUUCCGCUACUCGGAUGAUCUUUACGAGCAUGAGUUAGAGGAACAUAACAAAUGCAUGCACUGCGGGCGAACCUUUGGUUCUGAGUCAAAUUUAAGAAAUCAUCUGAAAACACAUAAGUCGAAGGAUAUCGACUGUCCUGGCUGCGAGAAAAUGUUCAUCUCGAACUCGGCUAUGGUACUGCACCUCGAGACUGGAUACUGUCCAUCCGGGGCAGACCAAGAUACUGUUCGCGAUGUAGCGCAGGAUUUGUCCAACUUGCGACAAGCCUGCUCGACUGAUGAGCGCCUUGUUACAGCACGCUGA